CAUACUAUCUAAAGGUUGUAGGGCAGGCGGAAUCCCCCCCAAAACAGGCUGACCCUCCUCCAUCAGUGGCAGAUGGACAAUACUAGGAUGAACUCCUUCUUAGAGUAUGCAAUUUGUAACCGUGGGACGGGCGCCUACCACCAUUUAGAGCAAAGCUCCCCUUCCUUCCCCUCUUGCUCAGGUAGCCCCUCCAGUGACACUUUUCAUGGAGACGGGCGCUUCGGCGCUGGGGGCAGCGCGGCCGCGGCCGCCCACCUGCCCCCGCAGAGCCCCGGCUUCUUCCCCGCCGCCUCCGGGCGCUCCGUGCCCUUCGCUGCCGCUGCCCCGAGCGCCGGGUACCCAGCCCAAAGCUGCAGCUCCGGCUACGGCCACCACCAGCUUUACCUCGGCCAGCAGGACGCGGAUGGAGUGUACUUCCAGGCGGCCGGGUACUCGUCCAGCGCCGGACCCCACCUCGGCUCCCUGGCAGAGGGCUACUGCGGGGCCGUAGGGCAAUACCAGCAGCAGCACCUUUACGGGCAGGAGCAGCCCGGCUACUUGCCCGGGGUUUACGGCAAUCUCUCGCCUUCCCUAAACGAGGACAAAGACCCCGCGUGCCCCUCCGAGCCGUGCCCCAACGCCAGCGCUGCGCGGACCUUCGACUGGAUGAAAGUGAAGAGGAACCCCCCCAAGACAGCCAAAGUGUCGGAGUACGGGCUGCUGGGCCAGCCCAACACCAUUCGCACCAACUUCACCACCAAGCAGCUGACGGAGCUGGAGAAGGAGUUUCACUUUAACAAGUACCUCACCCGGGCCAGGAGGGUGGAGAUCGCCGCUACCCUGGAGCUCAACGAAACCCAGGUCAAGAUCUGGUUCCAGAACAGGCGGAUGAAACAGAAGAAGAGGGAAAAGGAAGGUCUUGCCCCGCCUGCUGCCUCCAGGUCCGCGAAGGAAGCGAGUGAAGCCUCGGAUCAGUCCAACUGCACCUCACCUGAGGCUUCUCCCAGCUCCGUGUCGUCCUGAGCCGCGGCCCCGCGGGGCACAGCGAGCAACCCGGGGCUGCCUUCGAGGGCAGCUGCUCCCCGCUGCUCCCCGCUGCUCCCCGCAGCCCCAGCCGCACACUCUUCCCUCCGAGCCGCCCCUUCGGCUCCAGCCGCCUCCCCCCGUGCGGGGCUCAUUCUCCCGCUUGCCUUCCUCUCUUAAUUUAUAGACCCUCCGUAAAACGUUGGACUCCAAAGGAGCGGCCGUGUCCUCGUUUAUCCUUAGCAAUAGGCGUUUGUCUCAGGGACGUUUCUCCCUCUCCCUUCUCCCUUCCCAAUAGGAACUGCACUUUCAACUACAGAAACUUGAAAACGAAUUUAGUUCUCUCCCGUUUUAACAACGUGCACAACGACUUUUUUUUUUUCCUGCAAGCAUCCUCCGUGCGAUGUAUUUUCGUUCCCUCGAGAUUGUUAAAAAAAAAAAAAAAAAGUUUGGGGUGCUUUUUUGUUUCGCUUUUAUUCACUCUGUGUAUCAUAGAAGGAGAUCUGAAGCGCCCAAGACCCGAAAAAAAAAAGAAAAGAAAAGAAACAAAGCAAAAAUGCAACUCCUCUGCUGCCAUUUUGCACUAUCGCCGCUUUACAGGGUUUCCUACACGCUCUCCGCCUACGUUACUAAUCCUGGGGGAGGGAGCGUUGCGCUAUCAGAGAAAACGAGAUAAGGCGAAGGCUGACCCCGGGGUGCUUUGGGCAACGGUCAUUGCCGCACCAAGUGUGAACGUGCACGGGACCAGGGCCGGGGGGGUCCGCACUGCGCUCCCCCAGCCGUGAUGCACUGACUGCUAUUUAUUGUACGCCUCGAUAGCCUCACGUCUUGGGGCGAAGCUGCGCGGCUCCUCGCAUCCCCACCCCCUUAGGUUUAUCGGUGUCCGAUGCAAACGUUAUUUAACCAUGGCCCAUUGUUACCCUUUUCCAGCAGAAACUUGAGCGCAGGGCGAACUGAAAACCACGGCGAGUUUCGUUAAAGAUCGUUUUAAGGAGAAAAAAAGGUCACCUCGCAAAACCAGUGGUUUCUUAAUCGGAAUCUGUUUUCCCUCCACUCCCUUCCCCGUGCUCUGUUUUUCGA